CCACACACAUCUUCUCAACUCCCACGACACCUGUUCACUUCUUCUUCCACUUCACUCACCCCCUCACUCACCCAUCUCACCCACCACCACAUCCACACAAUGGCCAGCAAAGUCUGCACCUUUGAGAACCAGCUCUCGGGCUCGGCGUCCAACGGCGCCCCCCAGGCCCACAGCCACGACGGCGGCCUCGCCCACUCGCACGACCACGGACCCAACGAGCACGGCCACACGCACGAGAUCAUGGAGCAUGCUGGCAAGUUCUCGGAGCGCGACAUGCCCGACUACUCUGGCCGUGACUGGAAGGAGCGCGCCUUCACCAUCGGUAUCGGAGGCCCCGUCGGCUCGGGCAAGACUGCGCUCCUCCUCGCCCUGUGCCGCGCCCUGCGUGACACGUACAACAUUUCCGUGGUCACCAACGACAUCUUCACGCGCGAGGACCAGGAGUUCCUGAUCCGCAACGAGGCGCUGUCGGACAAGGCGCGCAUCCGCGCCAUCGAGACUGGCGGCUGCCCUCACGCCGCAAUCCGCGAGGACAUCUCGGCCAACCUCCACGCGCUCGAGGAGCUACAUGCCCAGUUCGACACGCAGCUCCUGCUUGUCGAGAGUGGUGGCGACAACCUCGCGGCCAACUACUCGCGCGAGCUGGCCGACUACAUCAUCUACGUGAUCGACGUUGCUGGUGGUGACAAGGUGCCCCGUAAGGGUGGCCCCGGCAUCUCGCAGUCGGACCUGCUCGUCAUCAACAAGACCGACCUCGCGCCCCACGUCGGCGCGUCGCUCGACGUCAUGCGCCGCGACGCCGCGCUGAUGCGCGAGAGCGGCCCGACGCUCUUCACCUCAGUUCGCCAGGGCGACGGCGUGCAGGACGUGGUUGACUCGAUCCUCGCCGCAUGGAAGGCCAGCGGAGCGUCCAAGUUUGGCACGCCGCUCGCCAAGUAGACAUGUAGUCGUCAAGUAGACAAGCAAGUAGUUGCCGAGAGACAGUGGGCGCGUCAGUCAGACAAUGCAAUGCACGAAUGAAGCAUG